AUGGAACAAAACGGACGGGGUUGUCCACGACAAGGGAGACAAUGUUACGCCUUCUCCUUGCUUUUACUGUCUUUGAGUCUGAUUUUCGGCGAAGCAUCGGGGCAAAUAAGAUAUUCUAUAUCCGAGGAAAUCAAAGAAGGGACUGCUGUCGGAAACAUAGCAAAGGAUCUGGGAAUAGAUCCAAGUAUAUUGAAAACGAGAGGAUUUCGAAUCGUUUCCGGCACCGCGCAAACCCGUUUCCAGGUAAAUCAAAAUGAUGGGAUUUUAUACAUAAAUGGGAAUAUUGACCGAGAGGAAAUAUGUCAGCGGACCAGUGUGUGUGUGCUGAACCUUAAAACGGUGCUUGAGAACCCACUGGAGAUCCAUUAUGUUGCAGUCGAAGUCUUAGACGUGAAUGACCAUGCGCCAUCAUUCCCGGAGAACAACAAAAGGCUGCAGAUUUCAGAGUCCUCUCUGCCGGGGACCAAAUUCCAGUUGCAUGCUGCCCUCGACCCGGAUGGAGGCGUGAAUUCCGUUCAACAGUAUAAACUGAGUUCAAAUAACAAUUUUCGUCUGGAAGUAAAAGAACGCGGGAAAGAUGGAAAAGUCCCCAUUUUACUAAUACAAAGCCCUUUAGACAGAGAGAUUUCUAGCAGCCAUAAACUGCUGCUUACAGCCCUGGAUGGAGGUAAGCCUCCAAAAACAGGGACUAUGGAGAUAAUUAUUGAUGUUUUAGACGUGAAUGAUAAUGCGCCUAUUUUUACUAAAGACGUAUAUUCUGCAGAAAUUAAUGAGAAUUCACCUGUUGGAACAGUCGUCUUAAGAGUAAAUGCCACAGACAAGGACGAAGGUUUAAAUGGAAAUGUGAGUUAUUCUUUUGGUAAUGUUAAUAGUAAGGUGCGCAAGCUGUUUGACGUAGAUGCAAGCACAGGUGAAAUAACAGUCAAAGGACAAUUAGACUAUGAAGUGGAUGACAGUUACGAGAUUGAUAUACAGGCAUCUGACAGCGGUGCUGUUCCACUUCGAACGGAAAAAGGCGUUACAGUAAAUAUUAAAGAUGUAAACGACAAUGCACCUGUGAUUGAGGUGACGUCUCUGUCCAACACUAUCUCAGAGGACUCCAGACCAGGGACCACAGUAGCACUUAUCAGUAUCACUGAUUUAGACUCUGGGGUGAACGGAAAGGUUAUCAGUUUUGUUAAAGAUGACGUCCCGUUCACACUCACGCCCUCAAUACAGGACAACAUGUAUGCUGUAGUGACAAAGUCACAGCUUGACAGGGAAAACAAAUCCAUUUAUGAUGUCACCGUAACUGCAAAAGACGCAGGUGUACCGGCCCUCUCCAGCAGCGUGACUCUCACCUUGCAGAUCUCUGACGUGAAUGACAACGCUCCUGUGUUUGACAGGAGCUCAUAUGAGGCCUCGAUUGUAGAGAACAACACACCAGGCCUCUCUAUAUUCACAGUGAGAGCCAGAGACGCUGACUGGAAGCAGAAUGCCCGUGUUUCUUACAUCCUGGAGGACUCCUCAGUGAACGGAGUGCCAGUGUCCUCAUAUGUGUCUGUGAGUGCUGAUAGUGGAGUCAUCAAUGCAGUGCGCUCUUUUGACUACGAGCAGAUCAAAGACUUCCAGUUCCGUGUCAGAGCUCAGGAUGGAGGCUCUCCUCCACUCAGCAGCAAUGUGACAGUGAGAAUGGUGAUCCAGGACCAGAACGACAACCCCCCUCAGGUCCUGUACCCAGUCCAGACAGGAGGCUCAGUGGUGGCUGAGAUGGUGCCUCGUGCAGCAGACGUGGGCUAUCUGGUGACCAAAGUGGUGGCUGUUGAUGUGGACUCUGGCCAGAAUGCGUGGCUGUCGUAUAAACUGCAGAGAGCCACAGACAGGGCGCUGUUUGAGGUGGGCUCCCAGAAUGGAGAGAUCAGAACUAUCCGCCAAGUGAGUGAUAAAGAUGCAGUCAAACAGAGACUGACUGUUAUCGUGGAGGACAACGGCCAGCCGUCUCGUUCAGCCACAGUCAUUGUGAACGUGGCGGUGGCGGACAGCUUCCCUGAAGUGCUGUCUGAGUUCACUGACUUCACACAGGACAAGGAGUACAAUGACAACCUGACGUUUUACUUGGUGCUGGCUCUGGCUGUGGUGUCGUUCCUGUUCAUCACGUGUUUGGUGGUGAUUAUCUCAGUGAAAAUCUACCGAUGGAGACAGUCUCGCAUCCUCUAUCACUCCAGUCUUCCUGUGAUUCCAUAUUAUCCUCCACGUUACUCAGACACUCUGGGCACAGGGACUCUCCAGCACGUGUACAAUUACGAGGUGUGCAGGACGACUGACUCGAGGAAGAGUGACUGUAAGUUCGGCAGAGGUGGUAGUCAGAACGUGCUGAUCAUGGACCCCAGUUCAACAGGGACCAUGCAGAGGAUUCAGAGUGAGAAGAGCAUCCUGGAUGAACCAGACUCUCCUUUAGAGGUUGGUAAUAUAUUACUGUUUACUCGCUGA